AUGUCAGGAGAUGACAGUGCCGCUCCGGUCAAUACAAUUCCUACCAAUGAUGAACUUGUAAAUUCAUUAAUAGAAGAUUUCAAAGCAACUUGCGACAUAAAACCAAAUGAUUCAAAAUUAUUAAAAACUGAAGAAGGAUCUUCGUCACAAAAUGAUGAUGGUUUUGAUGAGUAUUUAGACGAAAAUGUGGAAAGUCCAAGUCAACAAAAACCUAAAGCUGAAGAUUAUAUUGAUGAGGAUGAAUUGAAAACAAAAGAAUUGGCUUAUUCUGAAGAAGAUUUUCAGAAACUGAAAUCUGAAGCUGAAGUUUUAAAAGUUAAGGGAAAUGAAUUGUUUAAAAACAGAGAAUAUUUGGAAUCAGCAGAAACAUACACCCUUGCUUUAAGGACUUGUCCUUUACUCUAUCCCAAAGACAGAGCGAUUUUAUAUGCCAAUAGAGCUGCUGCAAAAAUUAAGUUGGAAUUAAAUGAGUCAGCUAUUGAAGAUUCUAGCAAAGCAAUUGAAUUGGAGCCUUCUUAUAUCAAAGCAUUGUUGAGGAGAGCACAGCUUUAUGAAUCUUCUGAGAAGUUAGAUGAAGCUUUGGAAGAUUUCAAAAAAAUCCUAGAAUAUGAUUCAUCCCAUAGAGAAGCGAUGGAAGCAUGCAUGAGACUUCCAUCAAUGAUUAAUGAAAGAAAUGAAAAAAUGAAGACAGAAAUGUUAGGGAAGCUUAAGGAUUUAGGAAACAUGUUGCUGAAACCUUUUGGAAUUUCCACAAACAAUUUCCAGAUGGUUCAAGACCCUAAUACAGGAGGAUACUCUAUUAGUUUCAAACAAAAUUAA